UGCCCGGCUAUAAGCUCGUCACUUGGACUUGCUGACGGACCACGUGACCGUUUUUCUUUUGAAACGUUAAUUGAUUCCAAGCGUAAUUAGGCUGGCCCCUCCCCCCCGCAGUCACAUGGUCGCCUGUGUUCUCCCGUGACUCUUUGAAGCAAACAAACGGGGGGCCGAGGCGGGCCAUGGCCGCCGUGUUGUUAUUGGACAGCGCUUGUUCCUCAGCAUCCACUUCCUGGCGCAGCUCCGUACCGAUCACCGGCCUCUCGCGGCGUCUCCUCUGCGCCUCCGGAGCAGCCACCGCCGGACUCCCGCCCGAGUCAGCCGCCGAAGACACCCGCGCGCCCCGCCGCUGAAGCAGGAAGUGGCUCGUCCCCCGGAAGUCAGCCGCCAUGUCCAGUGAACGCACCCCGCUGAUCACCUCGGGGGUCUGCGGCCUGAACGUCAGUGCCGUGUCGUGCUGCACCGUUCCUGACGCCAGUCCAGAGUCCAGCAAUGAAGCCCCCGCCAAAGACCACCGCAGGCUCAACACCUUCUUCGGGGUGAUGGUGCCCACCGUGCUGUCCAUGUUCAGCAUCGUGCUGUUCCUCAGGACGGGAUUUGUGGUGGGUCACGCUGGACUGCUGCAAGGUCUGCUCAUGGUGGUGGUGGCCUACACCAUCAUCUCCCUGACCAUCCUGUCCAUCUGCGCCAUCUCCACCAAUGGCGCCAUCCAAGCCGGAGGGGCCUAUUACAUGAUCAGCCGCUCGCUCGGUCCUGAGUUUGGAGGAAGCAUUGGUCUGAUGUUCUACCUGGCCAAAGUGUGCGCGUGUGGCGAGUAUGUGCUGGGCCUGGUGGAGGCCAUCCUGGACGUGUUCGGGCAAGAUCCCGAAUUUUCCGUGCCAGAGGGGAUCAAAGUGCUCCCCCACGGCUACUGGUACACGGUGCUGUACUCCUCUGUGGUGCUGCUGGUGUGUCUGCUGGUGUGUCUGGUGGGCUCACACAUCUACUCCCGCACCGCCUUCGCCAUCCUGCUGUUGGUCACGGUGUCUCUGCUGUCCAUCUUCAUCAGCUCGGUGGCCGUCAAACCUCUGGAUUUCGUCAUCUUCCAUCAUGGAGUUGGCAACCAGACGGAGCGGUACAACGUCAGCUACACCGGCUACAGCUUGGCCACGCUCAAGAACAAUCUCGGGGCUGAUUACAGCCUGGACUACAGCACCGACACGGUCAUGUCCUUCGCCUCUGUGUUCGCCGUGCUGUUCACCAGCUGCACGGGCAUCAUGGCAGGAGCCAACAUGUCAGGAGAACUGAAGGCCCCGAGCAUCGCCAUCCCCAGAGGCACCAUCGGGGCCGUGGUCUACACCUUCACCGUCUACGUUCUCCUCUUCCUCAUGGUCAGCGCCACCUGCGGCCGGACGCUCCUCAUUGAGGACUACGGUUUCCUCCAGAAGAUCAACAUCUGGCCGCCAUUCGUCACCAUCGGGAUUUACUGCGCCUCGCUGUCGGCCGCCAUGUGCUCCCUGAUCGGAGCGUCCCGCAUCCUGCACGCUCUGGCCCUCGACCACCUGUUCGGCCUGCCUCUCGCUCCGGCGGCGGUGGUUUCCGAGUCUGGGAACCCCUGGGUGGCGGUGAUCUACACGUGGGCUCUGGCUCAGUGCGUGGUGUUCGCAGGGCAGCUCAACUCCAUCGCCAGUCUGGUGACCAUCUUCUACCUGCUGGCCUUCGCUGCCGUGGACCUGGCUUGCCUGGCUCUGGAGUGGGCGUCGGCACCAAACUUCAGGCCCACCUUCCGGUUCUUCUCCUGGCACACGUGUCUGCUGGGCAUCCUGAGCUGUCUGGUCAUGAUGUUUGUCAUCAACCCGGUGUACUCCUCCGGCAGCAUCGCCCUCCUGCUGCUGCUGCUGCUCUUCCUCCACUACAGAUCUCCCAUCAGCAGCUGGGGCUACAUCAGCCAGGCCAUCAUCUUCCAUCAGGUCAGGAAGUAUCUGUUGAUGCUGGACGUGAGGAAAGACCACGUGAAGUUCUGGAGGCCGCAGGUGCUGCUGAUGGUGGCGAACCCUCGCUCCUCCUGUCAGCUCAUCCUGUUCGUCAACCAGCUGAAGAAGGGCGGCCUCUACGUGCUGGGCCACGUGCAGCUGGGAGAUCUGGACUCGCUGCCUUCAGAUCCCGUGCAGCAGCAGUACAACUUCUGGCUGAGUCUGGUGGACAAGCUGGGGGUGAAGGCCUUCGUGGACUUGACUCUGUCUCCGUCCGUGAGGCAGGGAACUCAACAUCUGCUGCGCAUCACUGGACUCGGGGGCAUGAAGCCCAACACCCUCAUCUUGGGGUUCUACGACAGCUGCACACCUGAGGACUACUUCCUGCAGGACUCGGAGUUCUGCGACACGUCAAAAGGCAAAGGUGGUGAGAGCGAGUACAACUUCGGGGUGGACCUGCCGUCGCUGCAGGCUCACUUCCCUCCGGUGCGAAACGCCGAGUGCCCGCGCUGGCUCUGCCCGGAGGAGUACGUGGGGAUCCUGUCCGACGCCGUCAAGAUGAACAAGAACGUCUGUCUGGCUCGAUACUUCUUCAACCUGAAGGGGGAGGGCAAGAGCCAGAAGGGAGACGGCUCGGACCGGACCAUCGACGUGUGGCCGCUGAACCUGCUGCAGCCGGGCAGUCGCGACUACGAGGACGUGUGCAGCCUCUUCCUGCUGCAGAUGGCCUGCGUUCUCAACAUGUCCAACAAGUGGCGCCACGCGCGCAUGAGGAUCUUCCUCAACGUGGAGACGGAGUCCAGCGACCAGGGCUGGGUGACGAACGAGGAGACGUUCCGCGAGCUGCUGAAGAAGCUGAGGAUCAGAGCGUCGAUCAAGAUCGUACCCUGGGACUCGGUGGUGCAGUUCCACUCUCAGCCAGAGGAGGCGCCCUCUGCCAGCGGGCAGGGAAGCGUUCUCUCCGGGGACUUCCUGUCUGCGGUCAACAGUCUGCUGAUGGCUUAUAGCUCCCAGGCGGCGGUUUGCUUCCUGUACCUCCCGCGGCCUCCGGCUCACAGCAGCCUUGCUCAGCAGUACCUGGGUCAGCUGGAGGCCGUCACCAAUGGGCUCGGCCCGACACUGCUGAUCCACGGCGUCACGCCCGUCACCUACACUGACCUCUAAACGCCCCCGCUCCACUGUUACUUACCCAAUCUGAGUGCUACUUCCUACAUGAAAAGGCCAAAACAUUAUGACCACCUGUUUAAUCGCGGCUGUUUUUAUGAGAGAGAUCCGCCACAGUGGUCGGCACCUGAGAGAAAUAGGUGAAAAGAUGGGUGGUCAUAAUGUUUUGGCUGCUUUUAACACGUUGUUGUGAGUGUCCUUAUAAGUCACCGCUGCAGAUGAACCAAGAGGAACUUUGUCCUCUGGUUGACUGCUUCCGUACUGAGGCUGCGAGUUUGAACUUCCCUUCGACGGCCGACUUGCCAAGUUCAGGGAUCUUUUGCUGCGUUCAUGUGAGACAGGAAACGAUUCUGCUGAAGUGUUUUGCAUUUCCUUUGGUUACAGUGUUUAUCUUACGAUCUUCAGUGUACUCCUUCAGUGUCACUUUUUAUACACAGCUUCAUUUUAUAAUUAUUUAACAAUGACACAUGUCCAUAGUGAAUAGUGGAGUUAGUAAAAAAAAAAAAAAAAGGGCUUUUCUAUGAUUUUUAUUUUUUUUAUUUAAAAAAUAUGCAGUAAAAAUAUAACAAAUGAAGCAAAA